AUGAGGGAGAAAAAGGAGGCCCUAAAUUUGAAUACUCAGGGUGAGAGAGAACCGGCCACUUCUUCAUCAGCCCUAGCUUCUAGUUCAAAGCUGGUGGGUACUUCUUCAUUGCCCCCUUGCAAGUACACUAUAUCUUCUGCUAUAGAGAUGCAAGAGGCUAGAUGGGAUUCCACACAUAGAGCUUCUAUGUUAGAGUUACGUGUUGAUUUACAGGUAUUAUGUAAAGAUGACAUUGAAACUUUAGAUUUGUGCAAGAACAUGAUGAAACAAGGUGAAUGGCCACAACUUAUGAUUGUUUUUUAUCCCAAAGAGGGAUUUACUGUUGAAGCAGAUGUGUUCAUAAGGGACUGGACAAUAAUUACAGAGUAUGUUAGAGAUGCUGAUUACUUGAAUAACCGUGAAGCUAAUGAUGGAGAUAGCACGAUGACUCUUUUAAGUACUAAUGAUACAUUAAAGGACUUCGUCAUUUGUCCUGAUAAGCGCAGUAAUAUUGCUCGUUUCAUCAAUAACAAGCAUUUGAAAUUCGGCAAUACAUGGUAUUUGCACAAAUAUCAAUAA